GUUGCCGUCAUUAUCGAAGGCUUUACGCGGAUGCGGGAGCAAAGUAAUUGACAAUAAACAGUAAACACGCAUCGAAUGCGGUCUACAUCGUACCGUUUGUUUGCGUUGCUCUUUCAAUUACCACCCAAUCAAUGAUAGAGCUAUACACGGAAGGCGUUGUGUGAACUUUGGUGUCGCUGACAACAUCUGUUACGACUGGGGAGACAUGGAACACAUCCGAACCCCAAAGGUGGAGCAGGUGCGGCUGUUGGAUCGCUUCAACAACAAGUCCACCAGCGGCACACUGUACCUCACAGCCACGCACCUUAUCUUUGUGGAGAGCGGAUCCAACAGCUCAACGUCUGCCGGGCAAGAGAUUUGGAUUUUGCACCACCACAUCGCUUCCGUGGAGAAGCUCUCCCUCACCACCACGGGAUGUCCAUUGGUCAUUCAGUGUCGUAACUUCCGAGUGGUUCACUUCGUGGUGCAGCGAGAACGCGACUGCCACGACGUCUACAGCUCGCUCUUGCGCCUUCUGCGGCCUGAGUCGUACGAUGAGCUCUACGCCUUCUCCUACAACCCCAAACAGAAUGACCAGCAGCGGGAGGAAGGGUGGCAACUUAUUGACCUGGGAGCGGAAUUUGAGAGGAUGGGCGUCCCCUGUGACCAAUGGCAACUCACCGACGUCAACCGAGACUACAAGAUUUGUGAGACGUAUCCACGCGACCUGUAUGUUCCCAUCACGGCCAGUAAGCCCAUCAUAGUGGGCAGUUCCAAGUUCAGGAGCAAAGGACGCUUCCCUGUGCUCACUUACUUCUACCAAGAGAAGAAGGCGGCAGUGUGUCGGUGCAGCCAGCCUCUCUCUGGCUUCAGUGCACGGUGCUUAGAAGAUGAGAGCAUGCUUCAGGCCAUCAGCAAGGCCAACCACAACAGCCGAUUUGUUUACGUCAUGGACACCAGGCCAAAACUGAACGCGCUCGCCAACCGAGCGGCGGGCAAAGGGUACGAGAAUGAGGACAACUACUCCAACAUCCGCUUCCAGUUUGUGGGCAUCGAGAACAUCCACGUGAUGAGGACCAGCUUGCAGAAGCUGCUGGAAGUUACCGGAAACAGGUCUCUCACCAUGAGCGACUUCCUGAUAGGACUGGAGAGCUGUGGCUGGUUGAGGCACAUCAAGGCUGUUGUGGAUGCUGCAAUCUUUCUGGCUAAGGCGGUGACUGUGGAAGGUGCCAGCGUGUUGGUUCAUUGUUCUGACGGGUGGGACCGAACCGCCCAGGUCUGCUCUCUUGGGUCCCUGCUCAUGGAACCCUAUUACCGCACCAUCAAGGGCUUCAUGGUGCUGAUAGAGAAAGAUUGGAUCUCCUUUGGCCACAAGUUUGCAGACAGGUGUGACCAGUUGGAUGGUGACCCAAAGGAAGUGUCUCCCAUUUUCACUCAAUUCCUGGAGUGUGUCUGGCAGCUGUCUGAGCAGUUCCCUCAGGCAUUUGAGUUCAGCGAGUGGUUCCUGCUGCAGAUCCACGAGCACGUGCACUCGUGUCAGUACGGAAACUUCCUGGGCAACAAUCAGAGGCAAAGAGAAGAUCUGCAGUUAAGAGAGCGGACUCACUCACUGUGGGCACACCUCCAGAGCGAAAAACUCAACUACAUAAAUCCGUUCUACAGCCCAGCGUUCGUUGAAAGCCAUCCGGUGUUGGAGCCAUCCACCUUGCCCUACCAUUUUAAGUUCUGGAGAAACAUGUACCACCAGUUUGAUCGCUCCAUGCACCCGCGACAGUCCAUCUUGAAGACCAUUCUGACUAUGAGAGAGAACAGUCGCAAGGCAGAGAGCAAACUGCAAGCACUAGAGAGUAGACUCCACCAGCUCGGCGUGACCGCUGACCCCUCCGCCACUCCUCCGAGCAGGGAUCGGCACUCACUCUCCAACCCCCUCCCUCCACGCCCCAACUCCCUCAUCCUGGGUGCGCCAGUCAACCACAAAGAGGCGCAGCGGCAGCAAGAGGAGAACGACGAGCACGAGGAGGUAGGCGAGGAGGCCACAGAGAGCACAGACACUGAGCGGACAGUAGAGGGCAGCAGCGGCACUGAGAGCCGCAAGCAGAGCUACGGCGAGCUGGAGGGCACACACAACAGCGAGCUCGCCAAAGAGGAGCCGGCCGUCGUGAGUCUGGAGUUCGGAGUGGCGCGCAUGACCUGCUGAGAGCCGGCGUUGUGGGAAAGGACAGGCGUAAUCGAUGACAACUUCCUGAAAAGCGUGCAAGGCGGUCGCUCUUGUUCUUUAUGUGAUCACAUAACAGUCCUCAACAUAUGUCUGUAUAGUCUAAAUCUCUAUCAUGUCUUAUUGCACCUAUAGAAACGCAUUUGCUUUUCUCUUUUUUUUUUUUAAAUAAAUGCCUGGACGCGAUGAGUAAGAAAAUAAAGUAAUCCACAGUAAGAAGGUGGA